AUGGGUGGUGGAGACCUUAAUUCUAAGAAAGCCUGGCAUCCAAACACAUUAAAAAAUCAAGAACGUGUUUGGAAAGCAGAGCAAGCAGCAGCUGAAGAGAAAAAACGCAUUAUGGAAUUGCAGCGAGAACGUGCUGAAGAAAGAGAUAGAGAAAACUUAAAUGAAAUAGCAAAACGUGCUGCGGGUGGUGGAAGUUCUUCUGUUGAGAAUCGUUUACAUUGGAUGUAUGAUAAACCUGAUAAAAAAGGGCAGCACGAAGAUUAUUUGCUCGGAAAAUCAAUUGAUUCUAAGUAUGAAGAAGUGGAUAAAGGCAGUCAGGAUUUUAUACCAGCUGUAGCACGAAGAGUUGUGGGUGCUAGUACAUUGGCCACAUCAACUGAUACACAAGUUGAUUUAGCACGAAAACUUCGGGAGGAUCCCUUACUAUUAAUUAAGGAAAGAGAACGAGCAGCCAGGGCUGCAUUAUUAAAUAACCCUUUGCAAAGACGGCGCCUGACAGAAUUAUUAAGAAAAGAACAAGAACAAUCUAAGAAAAACAAAGAUGAAAAAAAGUUAAAAAGUAAAAGUAAAGAUUUGGAUAACAUUUUAGCAGCCAAAUUGAAUGCGUUAGGUGCAAAAAAUGGCUUGGAUUUAAAAACUUUACUUGCUUCUGAUGAUUCGUCUGAUUCAUCUGAUUCAUCAGUACAUGGAAGUAAAAAUAAAAAGAAGAAAAGGAAAGAUAAAAAGAAGAUAAAGAAAAGGAAAAAAGACAAAAACAUUGAUAAAUGUCAGAUUGAAGAUUCUGUUACUUCAGAACUAAAAAAAUCUAAAAAAGAUGUAAGAAAGAAAUCAUUUGAUAUAGAGAGGACUGCAGAAUCAACUGAGUGUAAAAAAAAGAAGAGGAAAUCUGAAGAUGAAGGCUGUUAUGAUGAAGUACAAAGUAAGAAACAAAGACAAAGCAGUAAAAUAGAAAAUAAAUAUUACGACAGAGCUUGUAAUGAUCCCAAUGAAGAACUUGAUAAAAGGCAUAGUAAACAAGAGCCAACACACAAUAAGGACUAUAAAAGACACAUUGAAAAAGGGAAACACAAAAGCAAAGUGCGAGUAGGAAUGAGUGAUAAGGAGAAAGCUGCCAAAUUAGCAGAAAUGGCGGCUGCUGGAGCAGAGCGGGAAGUUCAACGAGGCCGCCGUGUUGCGCUUCAGUUGGCAGAAAAGGAGGCAUCGGAGAAGAGUUCUAUCGUUUCUCGUCAUUAUACUCAUAAUGAAGCUCGGGCCUUGCCAGAAUCUCUUGAGAGUCGGAUACACUCUAACCGACACUACAUACAACGUGACCGACGUCACAUGGAUGAACAUUUUGCUAGACGG